GCAGAACCCACACUUGUCUAGUUUUGUUUCCAUAUAUUAAUGAUUGUAUCCAUGUCAUUGGCUAAAUUGCCUCUUGGAAUGUUUCAAGACUCAAGUAUUCAACUUCACACUCCUAUGGUUCGGGAUUUGGCAGUAGGAAGAAAGGGAUGAACUUUUAUCUGAAGAACCAUGAAAACUUGCUGAUUAAAUUUCACUCUUUUAGAAGCUGAUUGUGUUUGGGAGCUGGGUUUCUUAUUGUUGGUGGAAGAAUGAAGGGGGAUAGGAUUGAAGAGAGCAGCACGAGGUUGUUGGGUAGAAGCAGCAGUGGUGGGAGCAGUGAGUCAAGGUGGGUUGAUGGCAGUGAAGUGAACUGGGAUGAGGUUCCUGGGUGGUCAAGGCGUGAUGAUGGCAGAGAAGGGUAUGGAUCCGUCAGAAGGAGGCUUGCCAAGUUGCCCAAGAGGGUUGACUCCUUUGAUGUUGAAGCCAUGGAGAUUGCUGGAACUCAUGCUCACCACUCCAAGGACCUUUCCUUCUGGCCUACACUUGCUUUGGCAUUUAAGACUCUUGGUGUGGUAUAUGGUGACAUGGGAACAAGUCCUCUGUAUGUUUUUGCCGAUGUCUUCAGCAAGGUUCCAGUUGGGUCAGAUGAUGAUGUCUUGGGGGCAUUAUCUUUAAUAAUGUAUACAAUAGCAAUUAUUCCGUUGGCCAAGUAUGUUUUUAUAGUCCUCAAAGCAAAUGAUAAUGGAGAAGGAGGAACGUUUGCACUAUACUCGUUGAUUUGCAGGUAUGCAAAUGUGAGUAUGCUUCCAAAUCGUCAACAAGCUGAUGAAUAUAUAUCUAGUUUUAAGCUCAAACUUCCUACUCCAGAACUGGAAAGGGCUUUAAAAAUAAAGGAUACUUUGGAAAAAGCAUCACUUUUGAAGAACCUUAUAUUUGUGUUGGUUCUUGUGGGAGCUUCCAUGAUUAUUGGAGAUGGUAUUCUAACCCCAGCAAUAUCAGUGAUGUCUGCCAUAAGUGGUCUGCAGGAUCAAAUAAAUGGAUUUGGUACUGGUGAAGUGGUUGGUAUUUCUAUUGUAGUCCUAAUGGCUUUGUUCAGCAUACAACGGUUUGGUACCGGUAAAGUGGGUUUCUUGUUUGCCCCUAUACUUGCCUUAUGGUUCUUUUCUCUGGGUUCUAUUGGAGUAUAUAAUAUACUUAAGUAUGAUAUCACUGUUCUGAGAGCAUUCAAUCCAGCUUAUAUCUAUUUUUUCUUCAAGAGAAAUGGUAAAGCUGCAUGGUCAUCUCUUGGUGGUUGCGUUCUGUGCAUUACAGGUGCGGAAGCAAUGUUUGCGGAUUUGGGUCAUUUUUCUGUACCCGCAAUACAGAUUGCCUUCACAUGCGUGGUAUUUCCCUGUCUCCUCCUUGCUUAUAUGGGCCAAGCGGCUUUUUUGACAAAGAACCCAAGUUCUUAUUCAAGCGUAUUCUACAAGUCUGUUCCAGAGAGUCUGUUCUGGCCAGUGUUUGUGAUAGCCACACUUGCUGCUAUGAUUGCCAGCCAAGCAAUGAUAUCUGCUACGUUUUCGUGCAUAAAGCAAUCUAUGGCUUUGGGAUGCUUCCCCAGGCUGAAGAUAAUUCACACCUCAAAAAAGUUCAUGGGUCAAAUUUAUAUCCCCGUAGUUAAUUGGUUUCUGAUGAUCAUGUGCAUAGUUGUGGUUUCCAUAUUUCAAAGCACAACUGAUAUAGCGAAUGCAUAUGGCAUUGCUGAAGUUGGUGUCAUGAUGGUCAGCACCAUCUUGGUGACCCUUGUAAUGGUUUUAAUUUGGCAGACUAACUUGCUUUUCGCAUUGUGUUUCUGUCUUGGAUUUGGUUCAGUAGAGUUAAUUUACAUGUCUUCUGUCCUAUCCAAAAUCUUUGAGGGUGGCUGGCUUCCACUUGCCUUUGCUACCCUUUUCCUAUCUGUGAUGUACACUUGGAACUAUGGUAGUGUAUUGAAGUACCGAAGUGAAGUUAGAGAGAAGGUUUCAGUGGACACAAUGCUUGAGCUUGGCUCCAAUCUCGGAACAGUAAGAGUGCCAGGUGUAGGAUUGCUGUAUAACGAGCUUGUGCAGGGCAUUCCCUCCAUUUUUUUGCAGUUCUUGCUGAACCUUCCAGCUCUUCACUCAACUAUAGUUUUUGUCUGCAUUAAAUAUGUCCCAAUCCCAGUGGUUCCUCAAGAAGAAAGAUUUCUAUUUCGAAGAGUUUGCCCCAAAGAUUACCACAUAUUCCGGUGUGUUGCCAGAUAUGGUUACAAAGAUGUAAGGAAGGAAGAUCACCAAGCAUUUGAGCAACUUCUUAUUGAGAGUCUUGAGAAAUUCUUGAGAAGAGAAGCUCUUGAGACAGCCUUGGAGUUGGAGGGCAACUUAACUGAUGAGUUGGACAGUGUCUCAGCAAAUACAAGAGAAUCUGAUCUUCCUGUUGGUACUGGUGCUGAUGAGCUUAGGAUUCCACUGAUGCAUGAUCAGAAAUUAGAAGAAACAGGAACUUCUUCAGCAUUGCCAUCUAGUUACAUGUCCUCAGAUGAUGAUCCUGGUCUUGAAUAUGAGCUUUCAGCUCUUAGAGAAGCAACAGAAUCAGGAUUCACCUAUUUGCUUGGACAUGGAGAUGUGAGGGCAAAGAAGAACUCUUUUUUCUUUAAGAAACUAGUGAUAAAUUAUUUCUACACAUUUCUCAGAAAUAACUGCAGAGGAGGUACAGCAAACAUGAGAGUACCUCACACCAAUAUCAUUCAAGUUGGAAUGACAUAUAUGGUCUGACACGGCCAUGUUCUUUUCAUAUUGUGCAACGCACCCUCAGGUCUGGAACUCAUUGUUAUUGGUAUUUUCUUUUUCUGUCAGUUUUCUUACUGUAUGUGCUGGCUCACAAUAGCAGUUGGUCGUUAGAAAAGCCAGCGUGUGUGAUAUAGCCAAGGUGGUUCACAUAUGAAGCUGUUUCAGAAUCUGUACUUCUUUAAUUGUUUCGUUUUUCGAUUCAUAAUGUGAAGUAUUAGUUCAUUAAUU